UCAAUAUUUGUUGAUUCUAUGUUGACAGACAACUAGAAUUAAAAUGAAAGAGCGACGUGGCUAAUAAACGAAUCCGUGCCGAAGGAACCAAGAAUUUUGGAAACAAGCGAGUACGCUUUUCGUUUUCAAUUGUUUCAAAAGUACAUGUCGACUACCUACAGGUAAAAUUAAGUGAUCCAAAAUGACAAAUUCCAAGGGUUACCGCAGGAGAACGCGAGACCUGUUCUCGCGGAAGUUCAGUAGACAUGGAGUCAUCCCCUUAUCUACCUACAUGAAGGUAUAUAAAGUUGGUGAUAUUGUUGACAUUAAAGGCAAUGGUGCUGUGCAGAAGGGUAUGCCCUAUAAAGCGUACCAUGGCAAGACUGGAAGGGUAUUCAAUGUUACCCAGCAUGCUUUGGGAGUUAUUGUCAACAAAAGAGUACGUGGACGCAUCAUUGAUAAAAGAAUCAAUGUCAGAAUUGAGCACGUUAACCAUUCCAAGUGUAGAGAAGACUUCUUGACAAGGGUCAAAGAGAAUGAGAAGCUUCGUAAAGAAGCCAAAGAAAAUAGGGUCCAGGUGUCCCUUAAGAGGCAACCAGCCCAACCAAACCUGGCACACAUAUCUGGCAAAGAUAAGCCUCAACUAUUAGCUCCUAUACCCUAUGAAUUUAUAGCAUAAGUUGGAAUA